AUGACAAAAAUCUUUGUUUCGACCGACCUUCCACCUCAGAUUUUGGCCCCAGAUGUCACAAAGUCAGAUCGUUAUCCCUCUUAUAUUCCGACUGAUUCUUCAUCAGAACGACCAGAGCCAACCUUCAAAUUCUUCAAAGUUUUUAACACAAGGACUCGAUUCCUCAUUAUGAUCAAUGUUUUGUUAUGUCUGGCGUCGGUUUGGUCCAAUAUUUUGGCAUUCAAUUUUGCACUGGUAUGCUUUAAUCAAGGCGGAGAAGACGAAGAUGAUAAAGGCGGGGAUGUAAUAUUUACAUCCAGACAAGUCUCGUUUCUGACAUCAAUAGUUGCCGCAAGCGCUUUUGUCGCCAACUUUAUUGUUGUUCAAAUUGUAAGCCCAACUUUUAUUCACACCGUUAAUUGAAUUGUAAUAAGGAAAGUUCGUGUUUCAGGUCAAUCGCUUCGGAAUCCGAACGCUUUUUACGUUUCUUGGCCUCCUUUCUGCCGCGGUGACUGCUCUUUUACCAUUAGCAAUAUCCUCCGGUUACUAUUUUACUCUCAUUUUACGGGCUCUUCAAGGAGUCGCGUUCUCCGCGAAUUUCCCGGUGAUUGGCGCAUUCUCCUCCAAAUGGACGUAUUACAAGCAAAAUGGGUUAUUUGUAUCGGCAUUGGUCGCGUAUGUGCAGUUAUCGCCGGCCAUUACAAUGCCAAUCAGUGGAGCUCUCUGUGAAAGUUCCAUGAGCUGGCCUUCUGUGUUUUAUGCACAUGCUAUUGCUUCAGCGAUAUUGUUCGUGUUGUUUGGGAUUUUUUAUAGGAAUAGUCCAGGUAAAAUGACUUUGGGUUAAUUUCAAGGAAAAAUAUUUAAUUCCAGAAAAGCACCGAUAUGUUGGCGACACGGAGCUGAACAAGAUCAAAAAGUUCAAGACCCAAGCCAACAAAAAAGAACUCCGUUCCAUUCCGUACCGUCAAAUCCUUACGACUCCCUCGGUUUGGGCGGUUUGGAUUGGUGGAAUUGGCAACUUCGUAUGUGUGAACAUGAUGUUCCUCUAUUCCCCAACAUACAUGUCCAAAGUCCUCGGAUUUCCAGUCCAUAGCACUGGAAUUUCUUCGGCGUUGGCUCCUUUGGCUCAAUUUUUAAUCAAAUUAUUUGCCGGAUUCACAAGCGACAAAGUUAAAUGUCUCAGUGAGACAAACAAAUUGAGAUUAUACAAUACAGUGGCCUUCUUUGGAAGCGCAUUAUUGUUGCUGACAUUGGCAUUCUGGCCCUCAGAUCAACACAAAUUUAUGUUACUUUUAUUUGGGGCUUCCGCCGGAUUAUUGGGCUUUACUACAGGCGGAUUUUUCAAGGCCGGCCCGUUGGUUAGCAAGCAGUACAGUCACUUUGUAACAGGAAACAUUUCACAGAGUGAGUUACAGCAUCAGAAGUGGGAAAAAAUUGGGAAUAAGUCAGAAAAAAAGCUAAAGUCGUGAAAAAAUAAACAAAAAUGAUGACAAAAAUUAUGAUGACAAUUUUUCAGCGAUCACAAUCACAAUGUUAAUAGUCCCGUUCAUGGUGAACGGCCUCGCACCCGACAACACGGCCGAGCAGUGGAGGUGGGUGUUUGUGGUGACGGCGGCCGUAUUGGCCACCACAAACCUCUUGUUCAUCAUCAUGGUCUCUGCUCUGCCCGCACCUUGGACUCAGUCUUUGAACUCGACAGAAACCUCGGCCAACUCGAGCACUUCAACCCGCGCAUAA